CUUAUGUACGUCGCUCUGGAUAAGGGCGUCUGCCAAAUGCUGUAAAUGUUCGUUUGCGCAUGCGGGUCAGUUUGAAACCGCAAACUGUUCACACUGGUAUCUGAUAUAGGUCAGAAUCUAAAUGGUAAUGUAUAAUCAGUGUGUUGUAAUGUUGUGUAUGUAACCAGUUAAAAAAGUUAGUUUAAUUCUUAAAUAUAUAAAAAUAUGAUUUUUAUUCGUUAUUAUUUAUUCUUUUAACUUUAAGACCAGUAAUAUUUCACUGAUACUUUGUCCCGUGUUAUUUUCAUUUUAAACCAAUCAUAUAGUGAUCUAACACUUUGUCCCGCCUUCUGGCGUUGCUGAUUGGUUAGAUGAGUUUUGUGAGCAGCGGUGUAGGCUGAUACUGCACAGAUGGAGCAUGUUUCAUUGCAGCGACAGGUUUAAGAGACAAAGCUGGAUUAUAUUGAUUCUUUUUAGAUUUCUGGUGAACCAAGUUUCAUGUUUAUCUUGGAAUUUCCCAUUCAUUUCUAUGGGACUUUUUUGGCCGCUUUUUCGUCCGCUGUGCGAACAUCGUUGGUCGGAUCACUUACAGAAUAGGUAGUACACCUCUCCUCAAUGAGCCGGUCGAUUUGACACCUCAUUUAUGGGUCUAGGACAAAAGCUGCGGGACAAGUUACGUGCCGAAAAAGUGUCCGGAAGAAGUAUGCAAGAGAAUAAGUUUGCAAGCACAUUAAUAAUAAUAAGUAUGCAAGAGAAUAAGAAUGUGCUUUGCAAGCACAUUAAUAAACAGAGAGUCAAACCGAGGGGUGAACAAAUCUGAAAUCACUAAACACCAAGAGCAAAAACUGGGAAAACUAAAAUAAUUUUAAAUUAAAUUAAACGAUUUAUUUGUUGAGUUCUAUUGUUAAUUUGGAAAGGGGUUAGUGGGGAAGGGGUGCCAUUUCUUUUGGAUCUUGUUUUCUCCUGUUUACAUUAGUAAUGAAGUUAGUGUAUUGUGUAUUGUGUUGUAAUCUUUGUUUUUUUAUUUUCUUUUGUAGCUUAUUUAGUUUCUCCCUAAAUGAGUUAGAUGGGUUCUGCUUAUUGAACAUAAAAGUCAUGAAUGUAUUCUACAAAAUAUAUUUUUACACUAACACUGACACCCUAAACACGAGUAGAACAAACAGCUCAGUACAGCAGUAAAAUACUAGACAAUAUAUAAUACUUCAUGAUGUAAAUUAGCGUUAGAGGGAUUUAAAUGUCCGCAAGCACCAGAAAUGACACUGACACGAAAGUGUUAGUGCUCUGGCUCCUUCUGGUGGUGAGGAAGUGUAAGUGAAACAGUUACAAUAUAAUAAUAAUAAUAAUUUGUUUGUUUAUUUAUUUAUUUAUAUAUAUUUAAGUUAACCCAAAAGCAGAUGUUCUUACAAAUUAAAAAAAUGUUUAACGAUGAAUAUGAGAAGUUUAUGACUUUAGUUACCACUGUAUAAUCAUUCCCGAUGUGACAUUUGCUUUGAAGCUCUAGUGCAGAGACAUUAUUGAUGAUAACUAACCGGAAGUAAACAUUAAACUAACUACUUUUAUUUUUACUUUUCUUUUUUAAAUUUUCUUAUGUAAUGAGAAGUUUCGAGUGCCUGUGUUCAAGAGUUUAAAAGAAUUUAGAGAUUUUCAGAGUUUCACAUUUUAAAAUUCAGAUUAAAAAGUCGAUAAUCAAAUAUAUUUUUUCAGUGUUCACAAAUUCAGAUUCAAUAUUUCAGUUUUUGGGGCAGUCGUUACUUACUGUGAUCUGUUGGAGUUAUCAAGGAUCAAUAAAACUUCAUUAAGACCAUCAGUAAAGUUUUGGUCAUCAUUAGGAUGGGGUUUAUCUAUUUAUUUACAUAGAUAUAUAAAAGUGAAAUGUCUUGUUUGCUAUUUUAAUAUUUGUAUAUUAAUUUAUUUCACUGACACUGAAAGGCAGAAAAAUUAAUCAGAAUCAAUUUUAUUGGCAAAAAGAGUGUUAACACACACAAGGAACUUGGUUCCAGCUGUUUGUGACUCUCAAAAGUACAGACAUAACAUUAUACUACACAGGACAGGACAAUACAGACUGUGGUUAAAAACAGGAGGAAGUAAAUGUCUGAAUCUUCAUCACCAACAGAAGGCAGAAGAAGGGGGAACAUGGAAGAACCAGAAUUAUUGUCUCAUGACUCCAGCAGUCUCCUGUCUGAAGAUCUGCUGCUGUGUCUGAUCUGUGUGGAUGUGCUCACUGAUCCAGUCACCACUCCAUGUGGACACAACUUCUGUAAGAGCUGCCUUACACAGUGCUGGGACAAGAAUAAACACUGUCGCUGUCCAUUAUGUAACAAGAAAUUCACCAAGAGACCUGAACUGAAGAUUAAUACAACACUGAGAGAGAUUGCAGAUUACUUCAAGAAGAAAAGUGGUUCUGACAAACCUGAGGUUCCUUGUGAUGCCUGCAGUGGAGAGAAGCUGAAGGCCCUAAAAUCCUGUCUGGAUUGUGGACUGAGUUUCUGUAAAAUUAAUUUAGAGCCACAUUAUCAUGUUCCAAAACUUAAGAAACACAAACUAAUAAACCCUGUGGAGAACCUGGUGGCCAACAUAUGCCAGAAACACGAGAGAGCUCUGGAGCUGUUCUGUAGAGAUGAUCAGACCUGUGUGUGUCAGUUCUGUAUUGAGACAGAUCACAGGCAUCACAACACUGUUCCUAUAGAGGAGGAGAGCAGAGAGAGGAAGGAGAGAAAUGCUGAUUAACUUCCAACUCAGCUGGUGGAAACACAGACAGAUGUGCAGCAGAUGAUUCAGGAAUGACUGAAGAAGAUAAAAGAGAUCAAACACUCAGUAGAGCAAAGCAAAAGAAGCACAGAGAAAGAGAAAGCAGACAUUUUUAAAGUCUUUACUGCUCUGAUUUGCUCCAUUGAGAGAAGUCAGGCUGAGCUGCUGGAGAUGAUGGAGGAGAAGCAGAAAACAGCAGAGAGGCAGGCUGAAGGACUCAUUAAAGAGCUGGAGAAGGAAAUCAAUGUGCUAAAGAGGAGAGAAACUGAGCUGGAGCAGCUCUCACACACUGAGGAGCAUCUCCACGUCCUACAGAUUUACUCCUCCAUGUGCAGCCCUUGCAUUAACACUGAUGUGAGUGGGGACACUGUGAGGACAGCUCUGUCUCAGCUUCAGCAGACUCUGAAUGAGAAACUCACUAAAUCACUCAAUGACAAGUUAAAGGAAACAGUUUCCACAGAACUGAAGAGGAUUCAGCAGUAUGCAGUGGAUGUGACCCUGGAUUCUGAUACAGCAAAUCCUGAUCUCAUCCUGUCUGCUGAUGGAAAACAAGUGACACAUGGAGACAAACGACAGAAUCUGGAGGUUGUGGGGGUGUUUGUGGAUUAUGAGGAGGGUCUGGUCUCCUUUUAUGAUGUGAAGUCCAGAUCUCAUAUCUACUCUUUCACUGGUCAGACUUUCACUGAGGAACUCUAUCCAUACUUUGGUCCUGGUUUAAAUGAAGGAGGUAAAAAUGCAGCACCACUGAUCAUCUUUCCUGUAUUUAAAACUGAAUACAUUUAAACCUCACAAAUUUGAUCAUCAGAUGUUAAGAGUAAAAAGAAUUUGUUUACUUUUUUGGUUAGAUUUUAGAAAUACAAAUCCAUUUAAAAUGCUGUAGAUAUUAUUUUAAUACCUGGUUUUAAUUGUAAUCCUACAGUCUGUUUGUUAUGAUUGUGUGAGAUUAUGACUGUGGAACUUUGUCAUUACAAAUCACAUAUAAAUAAAGUUCAUUUACAGUUUACUCUGAGUUUUACUGCAGAAUUUAAUUUGAUCAAAAUUGUAUAAAGUUUAGCUGCUGAUGUCUGUGUAGAUAAAAAUAAACAAAACUCUGUUUCUCUUUAAAACUUCCUCAAACACAAACACAAACAGAUUCAUAUUUUAUUUAGAAAUAAAAAUCCCAGGUUAAAAUCUCUUUAUCAGCACUAAUAGGCAAAUUUCUAAAAGGAUGGACAGCAGAGAGAGCUUCAUUAAUAUUCAUAAUGUAAGUGCUACCUGAU